GCUCUAGCCGGAUCGCCCUGAGGAGAGUCGAUGGUGUAAGCGGGGCCGGAGCCGUUCCGGAUCGCUCCGGAGGGGCAAAAAAAACCCCAAAAGGCCCCGAAAAAGGACAGAUUGGGUCGGGGGGGUCUCGGGGACAGCCCCCCCUCCCGGUUCAGCCCGCCGCCAUGGCGCAGGGCCGCGGGGUCAACAGUCUGCGCUUCAACCAGGACCAGAGCUGCUUUUGCGUGGCCAUGGAUUCCGGGGUGAGGAUCUUCAAUGUGGAACCGCUGAUGGAAAAGGGGCAUCUGGAUGCGGAGCAGGUGGGCAGCGUGGGGCUGGUGGAGAUGCUGAACCGCUCCAACCUAUUGGCCAUCGUGGGGGGGGGCAGCAACCCCAAAUUUCCCGACGUCUCAGUGCUGAUUUGGGACGAUGCCCGCGAGGACCCCAAAGACAAACUGGUGCUGGAAUUCACCUUCCCCAAACCCGUCCUGGCCGUCCGCAUGCGCCACGAUAAGUUGGUGGUGGUGCUGCAGAGCCGCAUUUACGUCUUCUCCUUCCCCGAUAACCCCACAAAGCUCUUUGAGUUCGACACCAGGGAUAACCCCAAAGGGAUCUGCGAUCUCUGCCCCAGUUUGGAGAAGCAGCUGUUGGUGUUCCCUGGGCACAAAUGUGGCAGUCUGCAACUGGUGGACCUGGGCAGCGCGGCUCCCGGCACGUCGGUGGCCCCGGUGACCAUCAACGCCCACCAAAGCGAGGUGGGCUGCGCCGCCCUCAGCCCCCCCGGGACGCUGCUGGCCUCGGCGUCGCGCCGCGGGACCCUCCUGCGCCUCUUCGACACACACAGCCGCCUGCGGCUGCUGGAGCUGCGCCGCGGCACCGACCCCGCCACGCUCUACUGCCUGUCGUUCAGCGCCGACUCGGCCUUCCUGUGCGCCUCCAGCGACCGCGGCACUCUGCACGUCUUCGCGCUGCGCGACACGCGCCUCAACCGCCGCUCCGCGCUGGCGCGGGUGGGCGGCGUGGGCCCCGUUCUGCGGCCGUACGCGGAGUCGCAGUGGUCGCUGUGCAGUUUCGCGCUGCCCGAAGGGACCGCGCAGUGCGCAUUCGGAACGGCCACUCACGGACCCACCUCCGUCAUUGCUGUGUGCUCCGAUGGGACCUUCCAGAAGUUUCUGUUCAGCCCCGGCGGGAGCUGCAACCGCGCCGCCUUCGACGUCUUCCUCGACAUCUGCGACGACGACGACUUCUGAGCCCCCCCCAAUUAAAGACCCCCCCUUAAUUAA